AUGAUUUUAUAUGCAGAGAUAAGGUAUUCUAUUGAAGUAGAUAUUUUACACCAUUUAGUUGUGCAACACAUUCUAGAACCAUCCCUCUAUAAAACUGAAACGAAGAAAACCCUAAACCCUCUUCAUUUCACUCUCAUUUCCUUCUUCUCCCAGAACCCAUCUCUCUCUUUGUUUCCAGCCAUGGCCACUCAGAUCUUCUCUCGUGUCUUCCCCAAAACCCUAACCCUAGUCCCCUUCCUCUCCCGCUCCCUCACCUCCAAUCCUUCUUCUCUCUCCGCCCUCUCCUUCCUCCGUCGCAUCUCUGUCGCCUCCAACCCCUCCCUCCGCCGUCUUCUCCUCCCCGCCACCCCUUCCCUCCGUGCUCUCUCCACUCGCGCCACCACCUCCUCCCUCAACGACCCCAACCCCAACUGGUCCAACCGGCCCCCCAAAGAAACCAUCUUGCUCGAUGGCUGCGACUUCGAACACUGGCUCGUCGUCAUGGAGAAGCCCGAAGGUGACCCCACUCGCGACGAAAUCAUCGAUAGCUACAUCAAAACCUUGGCCAAGGUUAUCGGAAGUGAAGAGGAAGCUAGGAUGAAGAUAUAUUCGGUUUCCACUAGGCAUUACUUUGCGUUUGGGGCGCUUGUGUCUGAAGAGCUUUCUUACAAGAUUAAAGAAUUACCUGGAGUUCGGUGGGUGCUUCCUGAUUCGUAUUUGAAUGUUAAGGAAAAGGAUUAUGGAGGUGAGCCCUUUAUUAACGGGCAAGCGGUUCCUUAUGAUCCCAAGUAUCAUGAAGAGUGGGUUAGAAAUAAUGCCAGGGCAAAUGAGAGAAAUAGGCGCAAUGACCGGCCUCGCAAUGCUGACAGGUCAAGGAACUUUGAGAGGAGGAGGGAAAAUGUUGUCAACAGAGACAUGCAGGGUAGGCCCCCUAUGCCAAAUCCUGGUCCUAAUAUGAGUGGUGCUCCUCCAAGCAAUGCAGGAGGGUUCCCUCCACACAAUGCAGGUGGAUAUGCACCUCCAGGCAAUCAGGGUGGAUAUGCACCUCCUAACAACCAGGGUGGAUAUGCGCCUCCAAACAAUCAGGGUGGAUAUGCACCUCCAAACACUCAGGGUGGAUAUGCACCUCCAAACACUCAGGGUGGAUAUGCACCUCCUAACAAUCAGGGUGGGUAUGCUGCUCCUAACAACCCAGGUGGAUAUGCUGCUCCUAACCACCCAGGUCCCUCUAACAAUGCGGGCGGUGGUUACCCUCCUCCUCCUAACAUGGGUGGUGGCUAUGGUCCAGGAGGUGGAGCAUUUCAACCAAAUGCAGGAGGAUGGUCAAACAAUGCUCCCAAUAGAGACACGCCAAGUAGGGAUAUGGGAGGAGCACCUGGUGGGAACCCAUACUCUGGGUGA